UACAAUAUCCAGUUUUAUUAUAUCAGUUGUUAGACAUUGGGUACCAAAUUUGCCUCAGUGGCAUGCAGUUGCACGAGUGUUUGCAAGUGGCAGUCUUACAAAUGUUGUUUUUAAUUACAGAAUUACAAUACCAGUUGGUUAUGAAGCAUCAGUAUUCUCCGAAAGAUACGAUACGGUCCAACAGCAGCACAUCGAAAUGCAGCAACAAUGGUUCAACAGAAAAGAAUAGUCAGUGCAGAUCCAUCAGCUCUGAAGAGGAGACCACAGAGACUGCCGGAUGUAACGUCACAUCUCUUCUCCCUCUGAGGAUCACUUGCAGUCCGUCUCAGCAUCCCCGCACCCCGACCCUAAGGGAGUGUGAGGUCAUCAUCCGUCAGCUCCAUCACGCCAACACCUCACACUAUCAGGAGCUUGUACGGGUUAAGAAUAUCCUCAGAGACAUCGUGUUAAACAAAAAGAAAUCAUCCAUGGAAGCCAUCUCACUCGCAAAGGCCAGUCUCUGUGAUAAUGCAAGGGCAGAUACCUCUCAACAUUUUCCAAAAUUACCUCUCAGACCACUGCCAAAAAAACUACACCAGAGCAACCGAGGUGAAACCGUGGAGAAACUUCUGCCAGCCAUCAAACGUGACUUCAGCAGCACCAUGUCAGACCGUCAGAGAAAGGCACAAGACAUGCACAAAAUGCGUCUUAGAGGAACUGUGAACUCCUAACUUUGAUAUUCUGUAAAAAAAAGAUUAAUAAAAUACAACUAAAUGUGA